AUGGCUGUAACUCAAAAAAGAAAGUGGAAGGAUACAGAGCCAAAGGAUGACAUGUCCCCUGUGUCUGCAGCCGCAAGGAGCUCCAUCCUCAACCCUAGCGAAGUCGUCUUUCCAAGAGGUGGAGGCUCAGUACUGACGCCGUUGGAGAGAAAGGAGAUCUCUAACAGAGUCACUGCUGAUGUACUAUUCGAAAAGGAGACUGCCAAGGAAUCUUCUUUCAAGUCUACAGAUGCAACCAAGAAACGUAAGACCACAGCAACCACAGUAAUUAACCCAGCUCCUACUGUUUCGGGAACUAUCUAUGACCAAAAGGAUGAUUCAAACACCACCACUACCAGCAUGACACUUAAAAACCUAAUUCCGGGAAGUGUGGUGUUAGGUCAAGUCAUCUCGAUCCAAAAACUAGGUAUGCAAUUAGGUUUACCCGGAAACAUCAGAGGUUACGUUCCCAUAACUUCUGUGAGCAAACAGAUUACCCAACAGUUAGAGGCCCUAGAACAAGAUUCUGACGAUGAAGAUGCCAGCAGUUCACCACAAUUAUCUGAAAAGGUCUUUCCCGAGUUGAGCAAGAUUUUCCAGUUAGGACAAUGGUUGAGAGCUGUGGUUCUAGAAGAAUCUUCAGUUCCAUCUGAACACAAGCAUAAGAUUCAACUUAGUGUUGAACCAGAGAAAGUUAAUGCUCACUUAGAGGAUGACGAUUUGGUUCCAGGAGGUGUGCUCCAGGUUGCAGUCAAUUCUGUCCAAGACCAUGGAUGUAUCGUCGACACAGGAAAGAAAAUUCCCGGAUUCAUCUUCAGUAAAUCAUUCAAGAACAGUGGUAUUGACAUGGAAACUGAUUUAAAACCUGGAUUUGUGCUCUUGGCUACAAUUUCAAAGUCAAACAACAAGAACACCAUCACACUGACACUCCCCUCAAUGAACAACAAAGACAAUGGAUCUACUUUAUCAACUGCUACAUCUGUCGAUGCGGUUUUGCCAGGUGUGAUGGUCAAUGCACAUAUUUUAGACAUUACAGAAGAAGGCAUUUUUUGUAGAGUUCUUGGAUUGUUACCCGGAAGAAUACCAUUGGCUCAUUUAAAGCUUUUCAAUGUUCCAGAAAUUAGAGAGACAUAUAAGAUCGGUUCCACUAUAAAGUCUAGAGUUGUUGGUGUUCUGGAAUAUGAAGGUUCAAAAUCUUUAACUUUAUCAACUAUACCAUCCAUAUUAGAAUUGGAUUCUACUUAUGAUGAAUCUCCCCUUGAAUCGUUCCCUUUUGGCUUCACUUUCGAGUCGGUUAAAAUAGUUGGUAAAGAUUCUAAUAACGUUUAUCUUGAGCUCAACGAAGACACAUAUGGACAAGUACACCUUUCCAAACUGAAUAAGGAAGUUAGCAUUGAUUCAUUUUAUAAGGUCGGUUCCACUCACCACAAAGCUCGAGUGAUUGGCUACUCACCAGUUGACAAGGUAUUUGUCCUGACCAUGGACCCACGCCAGUUGGAAGCAAAGUUCUUGAAUAUUCAAGAUAUUCCUAUUGGUGAAAUCGUGACUGGAGUAGUCACCAAGGUUCAUAGUCACGGGCUUAAUAUCAAGAUAUUUGAUCAGUUUGAAGCACAGGUUCCGUACGGACAUAUGAGCGAUGUCAUGCUUACUUAUCCGGAGAUGAAAUUUAAGAUAGGUACCAAAGUCAAAGGUAGAGUCUUAAAGUUUUACAGAGGAAAUCUUUGUGUCACUUUAAAGAAAUCUCUCCUUAGAUCAGAAAGAGACGAACUUAUUUUCACAUACGAAGACGUUGUACCUAACAAACGUACCUUUGCCACCGUUGAGAAGUUUUUCCCAACCGGUGUUCUCAUGUCAUUUUUCAACAAUAUUUCUGGUUUCCUUCCGAAGACUGAAAUCAGCGAGGCUUACGUUAACAGGCCGGAGGAUCACCUAAAGCUUUUCCAAACAAUAUCUGUCAGAAUUGAUAGUAUUGAUCCUGCUACAAACAAGUUCAGGGUUUCUUGUUUGCUCUCUAAAGAUCUGUCAGAGGAACAGGAGAAAAAGAUUUCAACUUUCAUCCCCGGGUCUUCUAUUUUGGAGGUAUACAUCGUCGAAAAAAUGAAAGAUGCUAUGAUUGUCGAGGUGAAAGAUUCAAAUGUUCGUGGUGUUAUCCAAGAAGGUCAACUCUCUGAUGGAGAUCAAAACCAAAACAAGACCCUGCUCAGAACCGCUGUUGUUGGUUCCAGUUUGGAAGCUCUUUUCUUGCACAGAGAUCCUAAAAGUCGUACUAUUAAUUUCACUGCUAAAGACUCUUUGAUUAGAGCUUCCAAAUCAGGUCAGCUUCCUGCCUCGUUCGAAGAGCUUCCUGCUGUGGGAGAAAUUGUUUACGGAUAUGUCCAUACCAUUACUAAUGCGGGCUUGUUUAUUGAGUUUGCUGAUGGUUUGAGUGGGUUUGCUCGCACCAAGGACAUUACUGACGAACCUUCUGAUAAGCUUCCUUCAUUGUAUUUCAAGAACCAAUCCGUAAGGGCUAGGAUACUGAAGUUAGAUGAUGAGUUCCGUAAAUUCCGCCUCACAUUGAAAGAUAUCGAUCAUCAGAUUGUUGCUGCUACUAACCCAGUUGACAAGUCUAUUACUAAUUUGAAUGAAUUUGUUCCAGGAAAAAUCACGAAGGCAAAAAUUAAGUCUGUAACACCAACUCAACUCACUGUAGAACUGGCGGAAAACCAGUUGGGUCGAAUUGAUGUUAGUCAGGUGUUUGACAGUUUGUUAGAAAUAAAGGACACCAAGAAGCCCCUUUCGUCAUUCAAGGAAGGUGCAGAAUUAAAAGUGAAGGUGAUUGGGUACCAAAAUAAAGAUUCCAGUUUCACAUCUGUUGCCUUCCGUGAUUGGGGCGACAUUUUAGUUGAAUUGUCCAUUAAGAAAUCUGAGUUAGAAGAGGAAGGAAAGGUUAAUGUUCUUUCCUUGACGCAAAUCACACCAGGUACGAAAUGGCUGGGAUUUGUCACUAGAUAUGCUAGAGGAUUUUGGUGGGUCAGUGUUUCCCCAAAGUUCAGAACAAAGUUGUCAUUAAUGGAUCUUUCCAAAUCUGGUUCUGUUGAAGAGUUAGAGAAGGCUUACCCAUUAGGUUCUGCUAUUGAAGUGACUGCCAAACAGAUUAUUGGAAACAAAGCAGUGGAAGUGUUUUCUAAAGAGAACAGAAUUGAAACUAUAAACGAUGUUAAAGUUGGCGACAAGCUUCCAUGUCGUAUUAUUUCUCUUUCUCAUGACUAUGUCACAGUCGAACUCAGUGACAAAGUCAAAGCUAAGUCUUUCAUCACUGAAGCCUUAGAUGACUAUUCUGAGAGUCUAGAGUCUACUUUUUCUACCAACGAUAUUUGUACAGCCACUGUGCUAUCCGUUGAUGAUACUACGAGGCAGAUUUUUGUAUCUCUUCGAUCCGAAAAUGCCAAGGACAAGCUGAUUGAAAGUUUCGAAGAUGUAAAGCGAGGGGAUAUUGUUCGUGGUUUCAUAACACGUAUCAGCAAUUUUGGUGUUUACGUUUCCUUAGGAAGGACUGUUUUUGCAUUGGUUAGAGUUACUGACAUCUCUGAUUUGUUCCUAACUGACUGGAAAAAACACGUCAAGCUUAACCAAUUUGUUACAGGCAAGAUUGUGGAUGCUGGUGAAGAGCGCCGUAUUUUAAUGACAUUGAAAGAAAGUCAAGUGGGUCAAGGAACUGGUGCCUUGCAUCAAUUUGAUGAUUUGAAAGUCGGUGACGUCUAUGAGGGUACAAUCAAGAAGAUAAUGGACUUUGGUGUCUUUAUUACUUUAGAUGGUGUUCAUAGCGUCGACGGUUUAUGUCACCGCUCGCAGAUUUCCGAUAGCAAGAUUGAGAACUUUGAGUCUCUUUUUAACCAAGGCGAUAGAGUUAAAGUUAAAAUUCUGGAUAUUAACCGCAAUAAAAAACAGUUGUCUUUGGGUAUGAAGGCGUCUUACUUUGCUAAUAGAGACGAUGAAGAAGAGGCCGAUCAGUUAAGAGCUGAAACGGAUGACUCAGUUGACUCUGAUAGUGACGACCAAAUGAUGGAAAAUAUAUUCGAAACAAGACAACAGGACAGCGAUGACGAGCCAGAUGUAGACAUCGACACCGAAUCUCCUAAGAAGAUUGCCAGUGGACUUUCUACAAACGGGUUUGACUGGACAGCUUCUAUUCUGGAUCAAGCCGAAGAUGACGAGUCAUCAUCUUCAGAUGAAGAAGACUUUACUAAGAAAAAGGAUAAGAAGAAUAGGAAAACAAAGGCUUCAAUUGCCGAGGACAAGAGCGCUACUCUCAAUACACGAACUCCUCAGUCCGUUUCAGAUUUUGAGAGAUUGCUUAUCGGUAACCCUGACUCUUCCAUCCUGUGGAUGAACUACAUGUCAUUUCAAUUACAAUUGAGCGAAAUCGAAAAAGCUCGUGAAAUUGCAGAGCGGGCCCUAAAGAUCAUAAAUUACCGUGAAGAACAGGAAAAGAUGAAUAUCUGGAUUGCAUUAUUGAAUUUGGAAAACACAUUUGGAACUGAUGACACCUUGGAAGAAGUGUUUAAACGUGCUUGUCAAUACAUGGAUUCAUACGUGAUGCACCAGAAGCUGGUUGGCAUCUUUGCACUUUCUGAAAAAUGGGAAAAGUGCGAAGAGAUCUAUACCGUGAUGACCAAGAAGUUUGGUAGAAAUGUUACAACUUGGGUGUCAUACGGUGCUUUCUUAUUAGAGCGUGGUAACCCUGACGAGGCUCGUCAAGUACUUGGGCGUGCUCUAAAAGUCCUUCCCAAGGCCGACCACAUCGAGGUGGUUAGAAAGUUCGCUCAACUAGAGUUUGCCCAUGGUGAUGCAGAGCAAGGCCGUUCAUUGUUUGAGGGAUUGUUAGCUGAUGUUCCCAAGAGAAUCGACCUAUGGAACGUUUACAUAGAUCAAGAAAUCAAGAUUAACGAGAAGAAGAAGGUUGAAGAUCUAUUUGAGCGUGUUAUCACCAAGAAACUGACUCGUAAACAAGCCAGAUUCUUCUUCGGUAAAUGGCUAGAAUUUGAGGAAAAGCAAAAGGACGUCAAAGCAGCCGACUAUGUCAAGGCACAGGCUUCUGAUUACGUGCAAAAGCACCAAAAAUAG